UUCUAAUUCUCAUUCAACUUGAACGUUGACCUCAACUUUUCUUCUCUUCCUUUGGUUACCGGACCUGCACUAUCGGCACCAUUCCUCGACGGUGCGUCUGGGUCAAUCGCAGUUUGGAUGCUUAAAAGUACAGCAAAACGGUUAGAGACGGUUCUCCUGAUAUCUCGACAGUCAUUACCUCGUCCAGCUCGACUAUAUUCCACUCCUUCGAAACGCGCAGAUGCACCCGCGCUCGCCACCCAGCAUGCUCCUCUACCCAACCAAUACUCUCCCAAUCCCGAAUUAGAAGGCUUUCUACAAGUCCCACCCAGGUUCACCUUUCUUCCUACACCCCGACCUGAAUCAGCCGUGAAUUCUAACCUCUGGUUCACCAACUCUGCAAUUCAGGAUCAGCUCGCGAUCAUAAACGCGUGUCUACACAAUUCCUAUGACGUUCCAAGAGCAAAAAGCAUCUUCGACCGGCUCAGAUGUCAACCAGGGUCCAGUGCUUUUCUAGAACCUCGAAUGUACGAUGCCUUCUUAGAGGCAUACGUGAAUGUUGCGUCCAAAGAUUCAGAAGACAAUAAGGAGUAUUGGUUAGAGAAUGUCUGGGAUCUCUAUGAGGCGUUGGAAACUGAACGGGAACGGGUCGUACCGACGGAUGCUACCUACGCGAUAAUGGUUAUAGCGUGGCUCAGAUUCGGUCCCGAAUCAGUAAACCACUUUUCGAAACUCUCAUUAAUCUCCCCCGAACGUCUGCUCGCCCGUAUCAAUGAGCGCAAAAUGUCACUGGAAGCCAUCGUCGCGAAUCGCGCCUUUUCCUCGUCAGAAGAGGCCGCUGCUGCUAUAAAGUGCCUUUCUAAAGCAGCAGUAGAUUCCAACAUGUCCAAUCUUGUUACUCAGCUUGCACAGGCAGAAGUCAUUGGUACACAUACUCCCGACGUUCUGGAUGAUGUACCUGAGGCUAUACCCGUUCUCAAGGCAAAGAAGCAGGAAAGUGGUACAGACCAACACGCAGAACCGGAGUACGAGGUCCCUUUCAACCUAGCCAACCUUCGAAGGCAUCUCGCCGAAGUUUCACUAGCAAGGCGUGUCCUUCCUGAAGAUGUCGUGUCUCGACAAAAGAUGCUUGAAGAAAGUGUCUACGAUACCGCAGUGGAACGGCUACAGCACGAGGCCACUGUAUUAGAAGACCUAGGCUUGGACAACAACUCUCUACGCCAACCAGACUUGCGUCGAUGGAUGUGGGAAUGGCAUGCGAAGUUAAAAGUUCGCCUCGCGGAGGAGAUACGGAAUAUAGACGAAGCAGAGAAGAAGACUUUUACAAAGCUCAAGGGCGAUAGCUCCAACGCCCUCCUUUCGCCCUACCUUUCUCUAGUCAACCCUGAGCGCCUCUCGCUGAUCACGAUCUUGGAGAUCAUGCGACUGCAAGGGUCUGGUGGAAUCUCGGAGGGUAUGAAGACGACGCGCGCAUUGAUAACGGUUGGGAAGGCUGUGGAAAACGAGUACAAGGGUCAAAUGUGCCGGAAGAACAAUAUAACUCUUCCUGCGAUGGGGAAACCUACGGAGUCAGGUUAUUUCUCGAACUUGGGCUAUAGUCACCUUUUGGAGCGACGACUGGUGGCAGCGAGACAUAUGCAAGACGGCGAAGCCUGGACAACUUCAUGGACCCAGGCAGUGAGAGCAAAAAUCGGUGGUAUUUUGGUUGAAUGUCUUAUGGACGUGGCUACCGUGACGAGAACCGCAGUUCACAAAGGGGAGACGAUCUCAGAAGUUCAACCCGCAUUCCAUCACUGUUACGUCCACAAUCGUGGACAGAAGCUCGGUGUAAUUCGUCUCAACCCUGUAGUGUCGGAGCGUUUUUCAAAGGACAGUCUGAAAGACACGCUUCAUCCUCGCCAUUUACCUAUGCUGGUCAAACCAAAACCUUGGCUCUCCCCCAGCGAGGGCGGAUACCUUUUCAAUAAAGUCUCUGCGAUGCGUUACAAGGACUCUAUAGAACAACAGUCGUAUUUGAAGCAUGCCUCUGAGCUGGGCAACGUCGAACUCGUAUACGCUGGACUCGAUGUUCUCGGAAAUACGCCGUGGAAGAUCAACAGAAAGGUUUUCGACGUCGUGUUGCAAGUGUGGAACUCUGGUAACGGACUUGGGAAGCUGCCUGCGGCAACAAUCGAAGACCCUGAGCCAGAGGCUCCUACAGAUGCCAAUCCUAAAAGCCGAGUUGUCUACUUGGCUAGGAUGAAGCAGUGGAAUCAGGACAGGGCAUCGAAUCAUUCAGACCGGUGUAGUGUUAACUACAAGAUUGAGAUUGCAAGGACCUUCCUGGGUGACACGAUUUAUUUCCCUCACAAUGUCGACUUCCGUGGCCGUGCUUACCCCGUUCCACCCCAUCUCAACCAUAUCGGAAACGAUUUGAGCCGUGGACUGCUCACAUUUGCAGAGGGAAAGCCUCUUGGUGCCCGUGGUCUUCGGUGGCUCAAGAUCCAUUUGGCGAACCUGUACGGCUAUGAUAAGGCGAACUUCGAUGAACGUGUACAGUUCGUUGACGAGAAACUAGAACAGGUGUUUGAAAGCGCCACGCAACCUCUCGACGGUGAAAGAUGGUGGAUUCAGGCUGAUGAUCCGUGGCAAUGCCUCAGUACAUGUAUGGAGUUGCAUGCCGCUCUGACUUCCGAGAAUCCGGAGGAAUACGUUUCGUGUAUACCCGUCCAUCAGGACGGUACCUGUAAUGGUCUUCAGCACUAUGCUGCCCUGGGUGGUGACUCUCGCGGUGCAGAACAAGUGAACUUGGCCGCAGGUGAUAGGCCCUCUGAUGUGUACACCUAUGUGGGGAGAAUGGCCGAACAGAUCAUUGCUGAGGAUGUCAAGAAGGGUGAGAAGUAUGCUGUGAUGCUUUCAGGAAAGAUCACCCGAAAAAUUGUGAAGCAAACAGUCAUGACAACGGUGUACGGUGUUACGUUUAUUGGAGCUCGUGAACAAAUCGAGAAACAGUUGAAACUGACAAAGCAGUUCCCGCCGGAGGAAGUUUGGUUGGCUGCAGCCUAUCUCGCAAAAGUGGUGCUCAGUUGUAUCGGAGACUUGUUUACUGGCGCAAAAGACAUUCAAAAUUGGCUCAAUGCCACCGCAAGGAUAAUCUCUAAGAGUAUAUCAGCCGAACGCAUACCUGAAGCAUUGAACGAGAUCCGGAGCAAGAGCAAAAGAAAGGCCAAGGCCAACACCGCCGAUCUCAUUACACUUGAUUUUCUCAAGCGUGAACAGAUGACUCCUGUUGUGUGGACCACACCACUUGGGUUGCCUAUCGUUCAGCCUUACAGGAAAACGAAGAAGAAGCAGAUUAUGACCAAGAUGCAAACCGUAUACAUUUCCGACCCGAACUCCCCCGCUGAAGUCAACGCGUCGAAACAGGCAUCCGCGUUUCCACCCAACUUCAUUCACAGCCUGGAUGCCACUCACAUGAUGCUCACUGCUCUGGAAUGUCAGACCCGCGGUAUGACUUUUGCAGCGGUACAUGACUCUUACUGGACCCACGCUUCGACCAUCGACGAAAUGUCGACCAUCAUUCGAGACACUUUCAUCGCUUUGCAUUCAUCUGAAGUUCUUACUAAGUUGAGUGAGGAGUUCAAGCAGCGGUAUAAGGAUUACAAAGUCCCACUUAUCCACCUCCGUAGCCCAACUCUCAUCAAGGUUCUCAAGAAUUGGGGAGUCAAAAUCAAAGUAACUCGGGAACAGGCUAAAACGUUGGAUUUCCUCGCAUCUGUUAUCGAAAUCUCAGAAGACUCUUCAUCGGUGGAGGAAACGCAGGGUACUGAAGAUUUGAAAGAGAUUUUGAAGACCCAGCAGGAGCAGAAGUUGGCGGAGGCGGAGGAAAAGGAAUCUCGACAAAAGGACGUGGAGGAGGAUUACGACCAAGGCUUUGAAGACGAGGAAAGUGAUGAGGAGCCUCGGACUUUGGCCUCUAAGUCGAAAAAGGCCGAGGAAGAGAAAGCUGCGAUUGAAAUGUUUGGCAAGUUUGUGAAUCUCACAGACCUGAUUCCGCCGUUACCCAAGAAGGGAGAUUUCAAAGUGGAGGCAAUCAAAGCCUCGCAGUAUUUCUUUUCAUAAUCUCCUCCUGGUCUGCAUUCCACUUUUGUCUUUUUUCUGUGUAUGCUCAAAUGCUUUCACGUUCUCUGUCCCUCCGUCAUCCAUCAUCAUCUUUCAGUUAUUAUCGGAAUAUUACAAUCUCGCAUACUUUUAGCACUGUCAGGAGAAAGGUCUAUUUCUAUACUUCUUUGGUGGACGAGAACGUAGAACCAUUCCCAUUCACGGCCUCCGAACUCGCUAGGAUAACAAAGAACUCUCGAGACGGAAUUCGAACCGUACUGAAAUUAUUUUAGACCUUCAUCUAAUAAAUAGAUACGAUACAAUCUGAACCAAACUAUAACAAUAUCUGUUCACC